AUGGAACACAAACAGUUGGUCGUAGUUCUGGGAAGCGGCAUGGUUGGAAAAACAAGCAUACUGUGCAAGUACCUGAACGGAACUUUUUCUCACAAAUACACACAGACAGUUGAAGACAUGUUCUUGCUGGACGGUUGUAUUGAUGGUGAACGAUUUAUUAUUGAGUUCUUAGACACAUCAGGAUCUAUUGAAUUCCCUGCUAUGAGGAGGCUAGCAAUACAGAAGGCGAACGCUUUCGUACUCGUGUUUGCUAUCGAUAGUAAGGAAUCGUUUGCCGAGGUGAAACGAACAUGGAGGGAGAUCAAAACUUCUAGAAACGACCAGAAAGAUGCACCUUGUAUCGUGAUAGGAAACAAGCUGGACAGGGAAAACUACCGAGAGGUGGAGUAUUUUGAAGCACUGAACUGGGUUGACAACAAUGGUUUGGAAGGAAUGAUGCAAGAGGUAUCUUCGGAGACAGGGGAAAAUAUUGACAACAUUUUUGCAAAAUUAUUCAAACAGAUAAAUGCCUUCAAACGUGACAAGAUUGCAACCACAAGCCUAAUAACCAGAUUGGGCAGUUGCCUGUGUUUUAGAAAAGAAAGGAAAGUGUAUAAGGUUGUUGGUUAA